AUGGCAGCAAAGGCAGUUCUGCCUAGGAGGGCCGACCCUGCUGAGUUGAAAGCCAUUUUUGAAAAGUAUGCCAGCGUCAAGAAGAACGAUGAGUCCUUCAUGUCGCCGCAGGACUUUGUGAGCCGUUUCCUCCAUGCCCACACAGACGUCCGGUUGUCGGACGAGGCCACGAAGCUGCUAGCUGGAGUGGUGGAUCAGAAGAAAGAUGGGUUGAUCUCCUUUCCAGAGUUUGUAGCGUUUGAGUCAGUGCUGUGUGCCCCAGACUCCCUCUUCAUGGUCGCCUUCCUGCUGUUUGAUAAAGCAGGCAAUGGAGUGACCACUUUUGAGGAUGUGAAGCAGGUCUUCAACCAGACCACCAUCCACCAGCACAUCCCCUUCAACUGGGACUGUGAGUUCAUACGGCUGCACUUCGGCACACAGAGGGACAAGCAGCUCAGUUACGGAGAGUUCACCCAGUUUCUCCUGGAGAUGCAGCUGGAACAUGCGCGGCAGGCUUUUAUCCAGCGAGACCAAGCCCACAGCGGCUCCGUGUCAGCCCUGGACUUCAGGGACAUCAUGGUCACCAUCCGGCCGCACAUGCUCACGCCCUUCGUGGAGGAAUGCCUCGUGGCGGUUGCGGGUGGCAGCACAUCUCACCAGGUCAGCUUCUCGUACUUCAACGGUUUCAACUCGCUGCUUAACAACAUGGAGCUGAUCAGAAAGAUCUACAGCACCCUGGCUGGCCACCGCCGUGAUGUGGAAGUUACCAAAGAGGAGUUCAUUAUAGCAGCUCAGAGGUUCGGCCAGGUGACACCCAUGGAGGUGGACAUCCUCUUUCAGCUGGCUGACCUAUCAGAGCCCCGUGGACGUGUUGGUUUAGUGGACAUUGAGAACAUCGCUCCGCUGGAGGAAGGCGCCCUGCCCUACAACUUGGCUGAGGUCCAGAGACAGCAGUUGGGCAGUGAUGGCUCCCGCCCCGUCCUUAUCCAGGUGGCAGAGUCGGCCUACAGGUUCACCCUUGGCUCAAUUGCAGGGGCUGUGGGUGCCACAGCGGUAUAUCCCAUUGAUCUGGUGAAGACGCGCAUGCAAAACCAGAGGAGCAGUGGUUCCCUGGUGGGAGAGCUCAUGUACAAGAACAGCUUCGAUUGCUUCAAGAAGGUGGUGCGCUACGAGGGCUUCUUCGGCCUUUACCGAGGUCUCGUACCACAGCUACUGGGUGUGGCGCCCGAGAAAGCCAUAAAGCUCACAGUGAAUGACUUUGUGCGAGGAAAGACCAGACAGAAAGAUGGCACAGUCCCCCUGGCAGCAGAGAUCCUGGCCGGUGGAUGUGCCGGUGGCUCCCAGGUGAUCUUCACCAACCCUCUGGAGAUUGUAAAGAUCCGUCUGCAGGUGGCAGGAGAGAUCACCACAGGGCCGAGGGUCAGCGCCCUGUCCGUCAUCAGGGACCUAGGCUUCUUUGGACUUUACAAGGGUUCCAAGGCUUGUUUCCUGAGGGACAUCCCCUUCUCAGCCAUCUACUUCCCCUGCUACGCCCACAUCAAGGCUUACCUCUCUGAAGAGGAUGGACGGAUAGGGCCAGCUAAAAUGCUGUUUGCUGGAGCGCUAGCAGGCAUGCCAGCGGCCUCUCUGGUGACCCCAGCCGACGUGAUCAAGACCAGGCUACAGGUGGCAGCACGUGCCGGUCAGACCACCUACAGCGGCCUGGUGGACUGUUUCUGGAAGAUUCUCAGAGAAGAGGGACCCCGGGCUUUCUGGAAAGGAGCUGGAGCUCGUGUGUUCAGAUCGUCGCCUCAGUUUGGAGUGACCUUGGUGACCUAUGAACUCCUGCAGCGCUGGUUCUAUAUCGACUUCGGAGGACAAAAGCCGGCUGGCUCCGAGCCCACCCCCAAGUCUCGGAUCAGCCUGCCGGCGCCCAACCCCGACCACAUCGGAGGCUUCAGGUUGGCCGUGGCCACGUUCGCUGGCAUCGAGAGCAAGUUUGGACUCCAUCUCCCACGCUACACGGUGGCGACGGCAGCAGCGCAGGCGGCGGCGGCCCCCUCCACCCCCUGAACCUCCCCGGGUUGGGGGGGGUAAGUGAAAGAGAGGGCCUGAAUGUUUUUCAGCACUCCAAGUCAUUGUUUGUAGUAUUUUAAGUUAUUUAUUUAUAAUUUGUCUUGUAAUCAUACAUGUGUGAUAGAUUUUUAUGCAACUAUAUGGAUCAGAGAAUCUGAUUGAAAUUUAUUUGUAGGGCUCGCACAGUAUUUAUUUUACCUUCGAUUGACAUUGUAUAGAACUGUGUUAUAACCUGGUUUAGUUUUUCAUCCAG